AUGACGGCAGAUCUCAAGCUCUCCUACUUCGACGGACGGCCGUCCACCAUUGGCAUCGCGGCCGUCAAUGAGAUUCUGCGCACCGUGGGCGUCCGCGCUAGCCAGGUUCCCGUCCCCACGGAGGCAUACCCGAUCCUGGAGGCGUCCAAGACCCGGGCCAUCUCGGAGCACGAACAGGCCAAGCUAAUCUCCUUGUUCAGCCUGAGCCGCAAAGAUCUUCUGGCGCAAAUCCAGCUUGCCGGCCGCACCCCCGAAGUCCAUGACGGUGGCAACCUAAACACCUCGGAGCACGACGUCGCUCCGUAUCCCAAGGUCUACGACAUGCAGGCCAUGGACGAGGCCAGCAAGCAAUUCGUGCUGAAGCGCUUCGGACGCCUCCACGUCAACACCACCGACCAAGGCGUCGGCAUCGACGAGGUCAUGACCGUGGUGACUGGCGGCCCGAUGACAUGGUUCUACCGGCUUCCCGACGGCGUGGUCGUCAAGCUCUCGGUGCCCGCCGUGGAGAUUGGCGCCCAGGCCUGGCGCAUCAGCUACCCCGGCAAGCGUCCCCAUGGCGCAUUCCUGGACGCCAAGCACGGCCUGAUUGUGGCGUACGCACACGGUCCCAAGGAGUUCGUCAUACGCUACGAGGACCCGAAUGCCGAAGGCGCAGCGGACCUGGGCAGCAACCCGUGGAUUGACUUUAGCGGCGACGCGGCCCGAAUGCUCGACGAUGUCGCCACUAAUUAA